GAGGGAGGCGAUGCCAUCAACCUCAAGGUGGUGACACAGGACGGCAGCGAAAUAUUCUUCAAGGCGCCUCGCACCUCCCGCGCGCGACCCGCCCGGCGGCGGCGUGCGUGCCUGAUGAACGCCUUCUGCCAGCGCCAGGGCAUGUCGCAGCAAGGCGUCCGUUUCCUCUUUGAUGGCGAGCGCCUCAACGGCAACCAGACACCCGCCGAG